UUCAAAAGAAUGUUCAAUGAUGUAAUUAAACGUAAACGAUUCCUCUAUCUUGAAUUUAAAUUUAUUAUUGCAAUGCAAUAAGAGAACUGGAAAAAUGUGCGAGUAACUGAGGAUAAAAACUACGAUAUUACAAAAAUGUUUUCACCCUUCUAUUUUUCAAGAAAUUUCAGGAAUAAUUUCAGAAUUAUUAUGAAAUAUGCUUCAAAUUAUUCAACGCAACAGAAUCAACGGAAAUUGAAGGAGAAAAUAGGUUUUAUAGGGGAUGGUAAUAUGGCCAAGGCUAUUUGUUUCAGUAUGGUUAAGCAGAAUAUUGUGGAUUUCUCUCAAAUUUAUGUUUCUAGUCCCUAUAAGGCAAACUUAAAUAUAUGGGAACAAAAGGGUGCUCACAUAUCAACUCGAAAUGCUGAUGUCGCUAAAGAAGCAGAUGUCAUUUUCCUCUGCGUUAAACCACACUUUCUACAAGCUGCGUUGGAUGAUAUAACUGAAGUUGAUAAAAGAGCACAUGAAGUCAGAAAUAAAUUAUUCAUUUCCAUACUUGCGGGUUAUACAGUGAAAGAUCUCGAAGUAUUUUUAAGACCAUUUGAAAACUGUAGAAUAAUAAGAGUGAUGCCUAAUACUCCAGUUUUAAUAGGGGAAGGUUGUACAGUUUACUGCCCAGGAGAGAAAGCAACAAAAACUGAUAUUGACUUGGUAAGAAUUAUGAUGGAAUCAACAGGAUUAUGUUUUGAAGUUGAAGAACGUUUCAUUGAUCCAAUAGCAGCAGUUUGUGCAAGUGGUCCUGCAUAUGUAUAUUUAUUUAUAGAAGCUCUUUCUGAUGGGGGUGUGAGAAUGGGUUUGCACAGGGAAAUGGCAACAAAACUUGCUGCUCAAACAGUUCUAGGAGCAAGUAAGAUGGUAAUGAGCACGGAAAAGCACAUGGGAACAUUGAAAGAUGAGGUUUGUUCUGCUGGAGGUACUACAAUAGCAGGAAUUCAUGCCCUUGAGAAGGGUGGCGUUAGAGGUUCUGUUAUGAAUGCAGUGGAGGCUGCAACGAAGAGAGCAAAAGAAUUGAGAAAAAUUGAAGAAGGCAGUGAAAAAUAAGUCUUCUAUUACUAUAUUCAUGUGAUUCUAGACAAUAAAAUAGUCUAGUUCCUUAUGUACCUAUUUGUAUUGUUAUUACUGUUAGUAAAUCGACUCUUGUUUGAUUAAAUAUUGCUAUUGCAUAAUGAAAUAAAUAAAAUAUGUGUCA